AUGGUGAUGUCUGGAGGUUCCGGUCUCGCCGGAAUGAGUAACGGCUCUCUGGCCGCGCUCUCGCGGCUGCGCGCGCUGAACCUGAGCGCGCUGUGGAACCUGUCCAUGGACGCGGAGCCGCGGUACCGCGCGGAGUCCCAGCGGCCGGCCGUGCAGGCGCUGCUCGCGGCGGCGUACUCCAUCAUCAUCAUCAUCUCACUGAGCGGGAACACGGCUGUAUGCCACGUGGUGAUGAAGAACAAGCGCACGCGGUCCGUCACCAGCAUCUUCAUCAUGAACCUGGCCAUCGCAGACAUCCUCAUCACCCUGCUCAACACCCCCUUCACUCUGGUGCGGUUCGUGUACAGUACGUGGAUGUUUGGCCGGGCGAUGUGUCACGUGAGCCGGUUCGCUCAGUACUGCUCGGUGCACGUGUCGGUUCUCACGCUGGUCGCCAUUGCCAUAGACAGACACCAGGUAGUGAUGCACCCGAUGAAGCAGAGGAUGUCGUGUCUGCAGGGUGUGGUGUGGGUCGGAGUGAUCUGGGUGAUGGCCACGUGUUUCUCUCUGCCACACGCCAUCUACCAAACACUGUUACGCUUCGAGUUUGGUGACGGAAGAGUGCGAAUGGUUUGCCUGCCCAGUUUUCCCCAACCGUCUGAUCUCUUCUGGAAGUAUCUGGACCUGACCACCUUUGUCCUGCUCUUCAUGCUGCCCCUGGCGAUAAUCUCCAUUGCGUACGCUGUGGUGGCGAAGAAGCUGUGGAUGCGGAACGCCAUCGGCGACGUGACUCUGGCCCAGAGCACGGCGCACCGGCGGAGGAAGAAGAUGACCAUGAAGAUGCUGAUGGCAGUGGUGGUGGUGUUCGCGGUCUGCUGGUUUCCGCUGAACUGCUACGUGGUGCUGCUGUCCAGCAAAGUCAUCGAGGCCAAUAACGCUGUGUACUUCACUUUCCACUGGCUGGCCAUGAGCUCCACCUGCUACAACCCCUUCAUCUACUGCUGGCUCAACCACAACUUCAGGGCCGAGCUCAGGUCGCUCCCGUUAAUCGGACGCAGGGGGAAGGCCGUCGCCAACCAGGAGACCUGAAGGGGGCGCUGUCUCACUUUCGUCCGCUUACUUAACUCGGAUUCGUCGGCCUGUCUGAUCGGCGGAACAUCAACAACGGUCUGAUUGAGCAUUCUGGGUUAGCAAGCACACUUUCCAAACGACCACUAGCUUGGGCAGUACUAAUGUCAGCCAAGUUACUGAUGGUAUUUGUAAUUAUUUAUUUAAAAGAUGGUUCUUCAAAGGUUCUUUAGUAAAGAAAAUAUAUACAGCCAUGACUACUCAAAGAACAGUGUGCAAGCUUAAAAGGCUUUGUUCAGUCGUUCUUCAGAUUGAUGGAGAUUGCAUUCUGUUUAGCAAAAAAAUUGGUCUGUAAAGAGAGAAGAACCACGAAAGCAUGCACAUUCUUUGAGUGUUCAUGCUUCCACAUAGAACCACUGUCUUUGCUGAAGAACCCAUGAAGAAUUGAGUGCACCGUACUGUUCAAAAGUCAGAGACCGCCCUUCAUUUAUUUCAUUUCCAAUCAGAACAGCCAAUAAGUAGAGCUCCUUCACUUUUGAGGUAAUAUUUCUGUUUGAUUUUUUUCUCGGUGAGGUUCUUCUUGACAGCUACACAUCCUUUCAGACCCAAAGUGCUGUUGUCUUCAACUUAUGUCGUCUAAAUGUUUUCUCAAAGUAGAAAGGACGGACAUUUGGAUUUGAGCCUGGACGUCGGAAAGGGAGUGGGGUUUUAUAGAUAAUAGAGACUGAAAUUUGUCACUGAGGGUUACUCAGAACUCGAGAAACGAGUGCAAAACCAACUUCUAAAACUGAACUUUGAAGGUUUACAGACUUGCCUACUAGAAGGCUUAAAGUGAGUACCCUAAAAAGUAUAGAAGCUGUGUUAAAAGUAAUGAGUAGACAGACUAAAAACUGAAAAAAAAUUGUUUUUCAUGACACUGGAAAAAAAAGUUCUACUUAACGCCUGUUUUGAAUUGAAAUCAAAUACAAAUUUAGAGUGGUUUCUGGCUUUCAUCUAUUAUUAGCUAACGAUUAUUAACUAUCUAUUAAUUAGCUGAUAAAAUUAUCCUGCCCAUAUUUUUAUAUUCCGAGGUGCUUUUUGGAAUGAUUCCUGGAAGAGCAGUCCAUUCACAUUCAUUCCCUGCGAUCAUUCAAGGUGCUUUACAAAAGAGAAAAUGCAAAGAUCAUUCGGAUUAGUUUAAAAGGAUAGAAACUAAAAACUGAUUCCAUUUAAGAGCAGUAUAGUAGCUAAAUGGGGGGUUCUCUCUUUUACUCCUAGUGAGACUCUGGCAGAUGUAUUGUGAACCAGCUGAAGCCAUUUGAUUGUCUUUAUUGGGAGUCCAGUUAGGCGACCAUUACAGUGAUCAAUCCUGCUAGAACUAAAGGCGUGGAUGAGUUUCUCCAGGUCUACUUCAGACAGAAAAUCACUGAUCUAGUCGAAGUUUUUACAGUGAUAACAAGCUGAUUUGUCACGACUGCUUAAAACUUAAGGUCAGAGUCCAUUAGUAAACCAAGGUUACACGCUAGUUCUGUGGAUCUUAGGGUUUUGGAGUCCAGAUCGGCAGCUGGACUGUGCCUCUCAUUCCUAUUCCCAAAUAAAAUAAUUCUGUCCAGGUUUUCUCUUUAGUCAACUGUAGAAAGUUUUGUACCAUCCAGUUAGCUAUGUGCUCAAGGGCCUUACAGAGUGGGUGGAGGGGACCAUGCAGGGGACCAACUCUCAUGAGCUUGGAGUCUGAGGAGGAGGAGGGGGCAGGGGUACAUUUUAAAUAAUUGCUGUGAAUAUUACAUCUUUUUCCUUUAUUUGGCCUUUUUGGUCAUUUUAUGGCUCUAUAACGCAUCUAGCUAACUAGAUUAAUAUUGAUAGCUACCUUAUUUGCCAACUAGCUUACUGACUGGCAAAUGUCUACAUUCACACAAAAUCAUGGGUAGAGUCAAACAACGCUUAUUCUUCUCCAUCGAGAGUGAAAAUAAGAGUAAAAACCCCCCAUGUGGCCACUAGCAUACACGCUAAUAGCUGUAGCUUCUUAUUAGUUUAUAUAACUUUUUUAAACUCUCCGCAAAAAUGGAAAUCAACAUAGCAUCAAAGUUCACAUUCUGGUGCUCGCAUAGGGGACGAGUAGUGCUGGGCAACUUCAUCUUUACCUGGAAGAGUAAAGAACAAAAAGAAAUCGCUAAAUAGCCAUCACUUAAAAAAUGGGAAAAACAGGGAAAAACUGACAGAUGCAGAAGAUCCGUGCUAAAAUCUGUGCUAAUAUGCCAUUUUCAGUUGAGAAGUCAACCCUUAGAAGUCCAGAGUUAAAAUGUUCACCUUUCCAUGCAUUUAGUUUAGUAAUUUGAUCAUGUUAGUAAUGAUGUAAUUAUAUAAUGGGGCACAUUCACACUAGAUUUACAUUCGGUAUCGACAGGACUUCGUUCGUUUGUUUCUACGGAUUGUGCAGUGGGGAAAAGAAACGGAUUAUCUUCCAUUUGUUUAAAAAGAUUUGGUUGCCUAAAGGAGACAGGAGCCAGAACUUCACUCAUUGCUUAAGACUGAAAUGAAUUUCUGGCUGGAUUAGUUUUUAGAUUUAAAAUAUUAGUUGCAAAAUGGGGACUGGAGGGAAUCACUCAUUAGAUUUAUUAAAGAAUGAUGCAACAUAGGGACAUAGAGUUCAUCAAAAAGGUGUCAAAAUUGGUUGCAGUGGGAUUCUGGCUGGAUUAGUUAAGAAAAAAAGUAAAAAACUUGUCAUCCAAUUCAAACCAUUAUCAAAUGUCUCCUCUUUAACGUACACAAGUGUUUUGGAUUGAAAGUUGGGAAUCUGCACAUUCCACAGUUUCUCAGAUUGUUAUUAGUAAUUACCAUAAAAUGUAAUAUUUUUAAAAAAUGUCUUUGCAACUUCUAUAGAAGUCACGUAUGCAGCUUUUAAACUGAAACAGGCAGAGAACUACACAGUCUAGUGCAGGUAACCUGUCCCAGAACAGUGCAGCACCUGAGGUCACCUGUGGAUGUGAAUUGGCCCAUGUUUCUGUUGAUGAGAUUACCUGAGUGGAUCUAAGAGACUGUGCUUACCUUCUCAGCGUCAAGUGAGCGACGUCUUGUAGCACAAUGCUGAUGACCAAAUGAACGUUUUAGUGUUGAUCAAAUACAAACUUGUUUACAACAAAAAAUCUCUGACUAAUUAAAAUGAGACUGCAAUGGCUUAUAGUGAGAGUCAUAUUCAGUUAGUUAAAAGAAGGCGUAUAUGAGAGAAAUGAGUUUAUUAGAGCGCUGUGCUUCAGACUGGACAGAGAUUUUCACUGAAACAGGAAACACCUGGGACUAAUGAGGGGUGGAACAGAACCAGGGAGGAUAUGCAGAACAACAACAACAACAACAACAACAACAACAACAACAACAACAACAACAACAACAACAAAAGCACAUGGUGCAAGAAAACAAAGGCACAUGGCUGCAACGGAGGGGAAGAAACAGAUACUCUCAGAGGGACAAAAGGAGAAUCUGUGACCCAAUUUGUGCUCCAGUGCGUUGAGCUUGGAAUGAGUGAAGUUACAAAACUCAAUGUUUGCUCUAAUUUAAGAAUGUUCAUAACUGUAUGGGGUGAACUGGGUGGCAAGCGCUUCAUUCAGAUGUGUUCUUCUGUAGCUGCUGUUGUGAGGUUGGACAAGCUUUGCAGAAUGCUGGUAAAAAUCCCAUUCAACUUAACGGAAAACUGUCAUUUCUAAAAAAAAAAAAAAUAUAUAUAAUAUUUUAAGCCUGUGAAUGGUCAAACUGUAAGUACGGAUCUGUUUUUAUUUAUUUAUUUGUAUGUUUGUUUAUGUCAUGUAAUCUAUACAACACGGUAGACACAACGCGCACAAACCCUUGAGCCAUACUCUUAAAAAGAUGGUGCACUCUUAAAAAGAUGGUUCGUCGAGGUUUCUUUGGUUCUACAUAGAACCACUUGCUUGGUGAAAUGGUACUUCGCAGUGAUAGCACCAACAAAACGUUCUGCUAUUGUAAGAAUGUCAAGCUUGCAACAAUAGCAGAACCAUUUUUGGUGCCACACCGAACGACGUACAACACAUUCUCCUUCAGUCUGAAGAAGCAUUUCACUAUGCAGAGAACCACUCAAGCAUGCAAAUGUUCUUCGAAUGUUCAUGGUUCUACAUAGAACCAUUGUUUCUACUAAAUAAGCUUUGAAGAACCAUGUGUAGCUGUAGGCUGCAGUGUUAACGUAGCUAGAUGGCAGUGUUAAACUGAAGCUUCAGCUUUUUUAAUUUGGAUGUUUAUACCUUAAAAACUUUAGCUGCAGUGUGACCUUUCACACCUUUACAAAAUAAAAGUCAUUUCAAAUGGAUAAUCUGAGUUUGGAUCUUCUAAAUGUAGGUGUUGUGAUAUAAACGGGACGUUUUCUACAGUUUCUCAUUAUGUGUAUAUGGUGUAUUAAAUAAGCAUUCAUAUUUUAAGCAAAAUCCAUUUUAUCCAGUUGUGAAUUUCUUUUUCCUUUGUUUUGAAUACAUCAAUAUCGCUUUGCAGUUGCUUCUGCGCUUCUCAUCGAGUGAAAUGUCAUAAAGUCAUGCGUGGGAAAAAAGCUAUUUUAUAUACAGCGCAAACUUAUCUGUGCAUUUGUAUGAUUCCAUAAAAUAAUGUGUUACAAUGUGUUAUAUUUCUGUGUUAUUGUCAAUUAAAAAAAGGUUUUCUUCGAUUUGAAGAGAUUAGAAAAAAAGUCCAAUAAAUCACGUGUUUCAA